GCCAUGGAGAGGGGAACGGCCCGUGGGCCGGGGGGCGUGUGUGAUGCAUUUAGUGAUGCAUUUACAUAAAAUUCUUGCACAUGUUCCCAGUUACAUCAUAGCCUUCGAAAAUAAAACAGUUACAUCAUUUAAAAAUAUAUUUGACAUACAGUUGUGGUGUCAGAUUUUAACACACAAUGCAAUACAUUUACGAGGUUAUGCCCAGAUGAGUAUCGCGUCGCUUAUCAUUGCAUCCAAAUAUACACGUGUACUUGUUCGUGGUCCCCCAACGUACUACUUACACACUAGCAGGCGACACUUGCAGUGUAUGCUAUUUAGGCAGUCAGAGUUACAAGCGCACCAUAAAAGAGCUGUGCCCUAUAAGCGAGCACAGUUUAUAAACACUCAACCACGCAAAAAGCUAGCACACGAGUUCGAUUAUUUACCCACGGCUGACGAAAUGGAUGCACAAGAUGUACAUGCACUUGCCGAAGAUAUGCAACGCACACUCGACAUAAGCAAUAAUGACGAUAGUUUAGAAGGCAAAGUAGCAUGCACGUGUGGGAAAGGCGUUUCCCCGGUAAAUACCAGCGGAAACAACGAUUUAACUGAUGCUAAACCGAAAAAUGUUCUGCGUACACCGCUCAAGAGUGACUUUUCAGUAAUCGAUAAAGAUGCGAACAUGCCCAAAUACACGCUACAGGCAAUUGGCACAAUGGAAUCGUGUUUCAAAGAGAAGAACGGUACUCCCAGACAAGGUUGGCUAGCGCCCAUGUCGCGUGCUAAGCUAACACUACAAUUACAGAACAAUAAGAGCCACUCGCUAGAAGGCUUAGAAGAUUUUUCGCAUAUAUGGCUGAUCUUCAUGUUCUCAUUAAACAAGGCUUCCAAGCCGAAAUACAAAGUGCAACCGCCACGACUAGAUGGUGAUCGCGUGGGAGUCUUCUCUACGCGUUCACCCCACAGGCCGAAUAGCAUCGGCAUUACAUGAAUCGUGAACAUUGAUGUAGCCUGGACGCUCAUAGUGUAUAGUCUUAUUUAAACUUCCAUAGCCUGGCCAAAAUCGAAUCCAUCGAUUUUAAGGAGGCGACAAUACAUUUGAGCGGUAUCGACCUGGUGGAGUCGACCCCUAUUCUGGACAUCAAGCCCUACAUUCCAGACCACGACAGUAUUCCAGGGGACGUUAGUAUACCUGAUUGGAUCACAGCGCCGACCAUCACAGAUACGUGGGAUGUGGAGUAUUCACCCCGAGCCGAUCACCAGUUGGACGAAAUUUUAGCACAGAAAAAACUACAGUUUUAUAAGGAUGCGGACUCGAUCAAGACGUUGAUCAAACAAGUUUUAGCCACUGAGCCUCGGAGUAUGUACAGGCGAAUCAAAACUCGCAAAUGGGAUGAUGGACAAUUUGGCUUUUGUGUAGAUAUCCUCAAUGUGAUUGCCGUGUAUAGCGAUGACGACGACAGGGUGCGCAUUAUUGAAAUACAGGAUUGGUCAGACCACUAUACCAAAAAGCGCACAAAAUAUGUAGCGGGAUAAAGCCUCUUUAGUAAUCACUAUCGUAUUUGACAUCAUUGUU